AGUUGCUUCCGUAGGAGAGAGCGGAGAGCGAGAGAGGGAGCAAAUGUGCGCGGCGGCGGCGGAGAGGGAGGGAAGACAGCCCAAAUAGUCCACAUCAGCAGGCGUCGGAGCAUCUUCCUCAUCCUCACCUCCACCGAGCGCGUCUCUGUGUGACAUUCCUAACGGGAGCUGGCGGAAGUCGUCCUCAAGCCGUCCGCGCAUCCAUCCAUCCAUCCACCCUCCCAGCAGCAGCAGCAGCAGCAGCAGCAGCUCCCGGCGCGCACUUUUUUCCUCCGGAGCGUCGUUAUUCUUAGCUCAGCUGCAGGGAGAGUGUCCCGUCCUCCCGGCCCUUUGGCUUAUUUAUCCCAGUUUUCUUGAAUAUUUCAUGGGAAAAAAUGGCGAUCUGCGCCCAGUCGUACGGCAUGUUGUGCCUCUUCAGCAUCCAAACUGUCCUUCUCAUGUGCGUGUCCACGCCGACUGCCGGGACACACCACUUCCCCCAGCACUACACAAUGAUUCACUGGGCCGGACGCAUCGAGAAGGAGCUGGAAAAAGUUCUGCAGCACGUCACCGGGACUCAGCAAAUGAGAUUGAUUUAUAACGAGAAGAAGAGCCAGUUUGAAAUCAAGAGGAACAACCCCAAGGACCUUGUGGAGAGGGUGGCACGGGACAUUUCCAAGCUGCUAAACAGCAAGAGGAAAGCCUUGGAGAAACUGGCCAGGGAGGCGGAGCAGCUUCAGAAGGAUCACGAAUGGCAAGACGGCGUUACGGAGAAUGCCAUUUCAUACUACGAUUCCAAAGCGGAUUCAGACUAUGCGGAGGACGGGGAAGAAGAGAACCCGCUGGAGAGCGCCUCGUCUGUGGAGCUGGAGUUUGUGGACGAUCCUAAUUUCAAAAACAAGGUCAACUACUCUUCCAGCGCCGUCCAGAUUCCAACCGACAUCUACAAAGGCUCUCCCGUCAUCCUCAACGAGCUGAACUGGACCCAGUCCCUGGAACGGGUCUUCAUCGAGAACCGUCGAGAGGACAGCUCCCUUCGCUGGCAGGUGUUCGGCAGCGCCACAGGCGUCACUCGCUACUACCCGGCCACUCCGUGGAGAGCGCCCAACAAGAUUGACCUCUACGAUGUCCGCCGAAGGCCCUGGUACAUUCAAGGUGCGUCCUCUCCAAAGGACAUGGUCAUCAUCGUGGAUGUGAGCGGGAGUGUCAGCGGCCUCACUCUAAAGUUGAUGAAGACCUCGGUGAUGGAGAUGCUGGACACACUCUCGGAUGACGACUACGUGAACGUAGCCAGAUUUAAUGAGAAGGCCGACGCUGUGGUUCCGUGCUUCAGGACCUUGGUCCAAGCCAACGUACGCAACAAGAAGAUCUUCAAGGAGGCCGUCAUGCACAUGCAAGCCAAAGGAACCACAGAUUACAAGUCUGGCUUCACGUUUGCCUUUGAUCAGCUUCUUAAUGACACCGGCGCUCCGAGGGCCAACUGCAAUAAAAUGAUAAUGAUGUUUACAGAUGGCGGGGAGGACCGGGCGCAGGAGAUUUUUGAGAAGUACAACUGGCCCAACAAAACGGUGCGUGUAUUCACCUUCUCAGUGGGCCAGCAUAAUUAUGACGUCACUCCCUUGCAGUGGAUCGCCUGUGCCAACAAAGGUUACUACUUUGAAAUCCCGUCCAUCGGAGCCAUCAGAAUCAACACCCAGGAGUACCUGGAUGUCCUCGGAAGACCCAUGGUGCUGGCUGGCUCCAAAGCCAAGCAGGUGCAGUGGACCAACGUCUACCAGGAUGCUUUGGGUUUGGGCCUCGUCAUCACGGGAACAAUGCCGGUCUUCAACCUCACCGCUGACAGUGCAAGCGCUCAGAACCAGCUCAUCCUCGGCGUCAUGGGAGUAGACAUCGCCAUCAACGAAAUCAAAAAGAAGACACCCACAUACAGGCUUGGAGCCAACGGCUACACCUUUGCAACAGAUCCAAACGGUUACGUGCUGCUGCAUCCGAACCUGCGACCAAAGGUGCGUCCAACUCCGCAGCCAGUUUUGCUUUUAUUUCCUGGCUGCAUCCUCUCUCUCUGUGUGUCAAAUACACAGAUCAUUAACUUCAGGGAGCCCGUCACUCUGGACUUUCUAGACGCAGAACUGGAGGAUAGCAACAAGGAGGAGAUCCGAAGACAGAUGAUUGAUGGCAAAUCGGGGCAGAGGAAAAUCAAGACGCUCAUUAAGUCGGUUGAUGAGAGGUACAUCGACGAGGCCGUGCGGACGUACACGUGGACGCCUGUGGACGGCACAGACUACAGUCUGGGGUUGGUGCUGCCCACGUAUAGCGAGAACCACAUCAAGGCCAACCUCAGUGACCAGAUCCUCCAGGUGCAGUUGUCAUACAUCAAGGAUUUUGAGUCACUGCUGCCAAACAGUUUUGAGUCUGAAGGACAUGUAUUCAUUGCUCCCAGGGAAUACUGCAACGAAUUGGAACUGUCCAACAACAACACGGAAUUCCUGCUCAACUUCAUUGCCCUCAUGGAGAAAGUGACCCCAGACUCCAAGCAAUGUGACAAUUUGCUGCUUCACAACCUGAUCCUUGACACAGGCAUCAUCAGGCAGCUGGUGGACAAAGUGUGGAAGAACAAAGACUUGAACACGUAUGGCUUCCUGGCCGUGUUUGCUGCAACUGAUGGAGGAGUUACCAGAGUGUUCCCCAACAAGGCGGCAGAAAGCUGGGAGGAAGACCCCGAGCCGUUUAAUGCCAGCUUUUACCGCCGCAGCCUGGACAACAAGGGCUACAUCUUCAGAGCGCCUUAUCGCACAGCCCGAGACGAGCUUCUCAACCCGGAGAACGACACCAUCGGCAUCCUCGUCAGCACGGCGGUGGACAUCACAGUGGGAGGGAAGACCAUCAAACCGGCAGUUGUUGGAGUCAAACUGGACCUAGAGGCCUGGGUGGACAAGUUUAAGAUUCUUGCCAGUAACCACACUGACAACCGUCAAGGCUCACACACGUGUGGACCAAACAGAGGCUGUGAGAUGGACUGUGAAGCCAACAGUGAUGACCUGCUGUGUUAUUUAAUAGACGACGGCGGCUUCCUCAUCAUGUCCAACCAGAAGGACGACUGGAACAAGGUGGGCAUGUUCUUCAGCGACGUGGAACCCUUCCUGAUGUUUGCGCUCUACAACAAUUCCUUCUACAACCGCAAACAGUCCUUCGACUACCAGUCCGUGUGUGAACGCAUGCCCAACAGCGAGGCCGGAGCUGCCCCACGAGGAGUCUUUGUGCCCACAGUUGCAGAUUUUGUCAACCUGGCUUGGUGGACUUCGGCAGCCGCAUGGUCUUUGUUCCAGCAGUUCAUCUAUGGGAUGGCUUAUCACAGCUGGUUUGUCACAGACGAGGUGGAUGCGGAGGGGAUGGACUCCAAAGAGAGAAGCUGCGUGAUGAUCCAGACUCAGUACUACCUGAGCAACCUCAGCAGCUCCUACAACAUACUGCAAGACUGUGGCAACUGCUCCAGGCUGAUUCACGCCAAGAAGCUGAACAACACCAACUUGUUGUUUGUGGUGGCCGAGAAGUUGCCCUGCAACACCUGCGAGAUGGACAAGCUGUCCCAGGAAGAAAAGGAGUUAAAGGAGGAGAAUCCAUGUGAAGAAAUGAGUGUAGCACGCUAUAGAAAAGGACCUUCCACCUGCUUUGACAACAACAUCGCAGAGAACACGUCAGACUGUGGGCGGGGCCACUCCCUCCAGCCUCGCCUCUCCACGCUACUGCUGAUUCAGCUGCUUCUGCUUUACCCCGUGGUCAGCCCUCACGCUCGCUCUCUACUACAUUAAUCUACCAGCACACACCAACCACCCUUCUAGCCGCCCCGAGCUUCUCCCCUCACGACUACCACCACCCAACAUAGUUUUAUCGCCAAUGAUGGGACUUCCCAUCUUAGCGGGUCGGAAGCCCUGAGCGCCGCCUUCUAGCCAGCUCGCUUUGCUCACAAUGUGUGUCCUCAGCCGAGGUCGUCCCGCCGUCCCGCCGUCCCUCCCCACGUGAGAAGUAGACAAUUUCAUGUCACUUUUUUUUAAGUUACAUUUUGUUGACAAAAAAAAGGGACUUUAUUUAUGCACUCAAAUAUCUACUUGCCAAAAUGAGAUAGACUUUCAUGUGGUCUUACUUUUGUAGCCAAAAAGACACAUUUCCAUGACUGGUGAGACGGACGUGAGGCAUGCUUGUAUUUCAUGACAAGGACACAUAAACGCCCGUACUGUCAUGGCAAUGAUGUGCUCAUAUUCACAACAUGAGGCUCACACGCUAGUGAUGCAUUUCCAUAGUUAGCACAGACCGAGAGCUACAAACAAACAAAACAAACCUCUCUGACCAAACAUCACCUCUGACGCAACUCAUCAGGCAACUCAUUAGGCCACGCUGAAAAGAAAAGGCGGGAUAUUGCAAUUUUAUGUAAAUAAAAAAAUCACUUUAUGUAUUAUAUUAAGAUAAUCUUAGAAAAAAAAAGUGAUUUUAUGAGACGUCGUAAUCUUACACGAAAAAAAAUGUACAUUUUCAAUCAAUAUUGACGUGAUUUUGUGGGGAAAAUGAUUCAGCAAGAAAAAAGCUUGUAAGGCCUAAUAAAAAAAAUGACAUUUUUAGAAGAAUCAAGCAUAAUUUCAAAACAAAAAAGUGAGAUCAUGACAUCUUGCAUAAUCUUAUAAGCAUACACUUGCUGUUUUACAUGAAUUCUAUGAGAAAAAGUUGUCAUUUUACAAGAAAUUCAGAGAAAAUUACCCCCCCAGAAUAAAUAUAGGAAAGCAUAAUCUCACAAGAAAAGUCAUAUUCCUUCAAGAACAGAAUCUAUGAAGAAAAAGUAAAAGAAAAAUACAAAGAAAAUACAUCUUAAUCUAAGUCCUAAUCCUACAGGACUAAAUGAUACUCUUGCAAGAAUAGAGCCAUAAUUGUGUGUGAAUAAAGUUGCAAUCUUAGACGACUUAAGUCCUUCUCUUACAAGAAAAAAAAUCAUCAUUGUACGACAAUAAAGGCGGAAUCAAGCAUAAAGUUGUAACUGUACAAGAAUCAAGUCAUAGUCUGGUAAGAAUUAAGGCCUACUCUUGCAAGAAUAGUCACAAUUAUGCCAGAAUACAAUUGGAAUUUUAAAAGAUCAAGGUCCUACUCUUGCCAGAAUCAAGUACAGAAUUGUACAAAAAUACAAUCAGAAUGAAAAAAUGAAUAAAUCCUACUUUUGCAAGAAUAAAGUCGGACUCUUCCAAUAAUAACUGUCAUAACUAAAAUAAUAUAGUCGGAAUCUUAAAAGAAUGAAUUCCUGCUCUUGCUAGAAUAUAAUCAUAAUUCAUUUAUUCAUUCAUUUUCUACUGCUUAUCCUCACGAGGGUCGCAGGGGGGUUGGAGCCUAUCCCAGCUGUCUUCGGGCGUGAGGCGGGGUACACCCUGGACUGGUGGCCAGCCAAUCACAGGGCACAUAUAGACAAACAACCAUUCACACUCAAACAUUCAUACCUAUGGACAAUUUGGAGUCGCUAAUUAACCUAGCAUGUUUUUGGAAUGUGGGAGGAAACCGGAGUACCCGGAGAAAACCCACGCAUGCACGGGGAGAUGGAAUUGAACUCGGGUCUCCUAGCUGUGAGGUCUACGCGAUAACCACACGGCCACCGUGCAGCCCAUAAUCAUAAUUGUAAAAUAAUAAAUUCCGAAUCAAAUUUUUGUCAGAAUAGAGUUCUAAUUAUACAAGAAUGAAGUCGUACUCUUGCAAGAAUAACAAGCGUAAGCGUGCACGUUGUCCGCGUUAGCCCGAAGACUAUCAAGUGACGCCGCGUUGUCCGAUUGGUUUUUCUUUCUUUUCAGCGUGGCUCUAAUCCUUUAUAAGCUUCUUCAGUCCGACCGACUCAAAUAGUCAACACAUUUAUUUGAACACGGGUGGGGGGGGGCACUAACUAAAUAUGGCCGUCACACGCAGUAAGUAGAGUAGUCAUGUGAUCGUCAUGUUAGACUGUUUCAUAGUGCCUUGAUGCACUCUGUUGUGGACGACUGUAUAGUACUUUUUUUUUUUUAAUAAAGCAGCCAUGUUGGAGAAUCAGCUUUCUGUGGAGCACAUUUGCAUCAUCACACGGUGACACCAUAAGGCACCUAGCCAUGUCUUGGACACCGUUUUAUUUGGACAUACCUUUUUAUGGAUUGGGCCACACGACUGCUGUCGUUCCGCCCGAUUCCGUGUGUGUGUGUUUGCAUUUGCUGAGUGGAAUGUUGUGGAAAUGUGAAGGAUGACAGUGGAUUUUCUUCUUUGUGUGUUGCGGUUCGACACAAACCAGUGUUAUGGAGGUUUAAAAAAAAAAAAAAAAGAGGGAUUUACUGCUUGUGCUGAAAGAAUGUGCUCGUCGGUGGAUGUGUUUUGCGUUUUCUGAUGCAACGUAGUAAAAAACGCCGCCUCUAUAUAAAUGCCUUAGUGUCACACACAUACACGCGCACCUCACACUCAUCCCGUAGUACCGCCAUAUUUUGUCGUCACUAUCAUCACUAUCAAUUACAAAUGAUAAUACAGUGGAACCUCUGUAAUCCAUAUGGAAAUAAUCUGUUCCAGGGUCAAACUGCGUCUUUAAUGGCUCGUUUUUGUUUUUAUUUUCGUCUUAAAGUCACAGAAGUGUAAAAAGAAGCUGAGAUGAUGAUGUAACAUUGUGAGGGUCCUUUGUAUUUAAUGUCAGCCAUGUUGUACUGAGCAGCCUGGACAGAUGCCUGUACCACUUUCUUCACUUCCAUUCCUCUUUUCUGUGGUUAUCAUCACCGACACCACCAGCACCCUUCUCACAAAAUACAAUACGCAAAAAAAAGGAGUGCUUGAUAAUUCUGGGUGGAUAUGAUGCCAUAACCGAUCAUUCCAAUGGGAAAGAAACGCUCCGGUGAAAAAACAAAAAACUUUAUCGGUUGCUUGAAAUGCCAGGUCUGCCGCAUUUGAAAAGUGUAAAAUGUUUGCCAGAGACCUCCAUGGCAUCACACCGGCUGCUUGAAGCAUGUGCCCGAAUACAGUGCACCUUGCUGGGCCACAGCAGGUGGCUUCCCCCCCUCUAUACUCUGGUUCUCCUGAUAGUAGUGACAUGGUGGUACUAGUAACAUCAUGAUGCUUGAUUAGAAUUAACCAACAGGUACAGUUGGUCAAAUCCUAAUUUGUUCCAGUCCUCUUGACGAGUUUUGGGUAUUUAAAUAUUUAAAAAGCCAAAGAAAAAGCAAAACCCACUUAAGGCAUCCUGGAGGUGUUGCGUCUUGGAGGUUCCACUGUAUUUCGACACACACAAAAAAAGAUGAGUGUGUGUAGUUUGGCGGUGUGUAUGCCGGCGUCACAUGACAUGCACUUUUCCUUUGCGCUCCCGUGUCCACUCCCAACGCGCCACGUGCAUCCUUCCUUCUUUCCUGCUCUCUAACGCCGCAAAACAAGCACACACACGCACACGAGCGACAAGUGGGACAUGAUGCACAUCAAACGGUUUCAUCACCAUAACGACGAUUCAUUCAUGAUAAGAUGGCAGCCAAGGAUGUUUUAUUACAAGCGAGGGGGGGUCAAACGGGAGGGGGGACUGUGUGUGUGUGUGUGUGUGUGUGUGUCCACGGUGCAGCGAGGACAUGUCACACACAAGGCCAUGUUGUGGUCAUGUGAUCCUAUGACGAUACAUUAUGUAAUGCUCCCAUAACAACAAUGAUAAAGUCAAGCCACGCCUCCUUUAAAGACGCAGGACGAUUUAGUUAAGGAAAUAUUGACUCCAAACACGGCAGCGAUUUGUGUUACGUUGUCGCGCUUUGCAUUCAUUUUUUGUGAAAAACUGCAAGAAAUCAUAUAAUUCAUCACUUUUCUGAUGAUUUUUUUUUUUUUUGCUUAUAACCUUCUACAGUAUUUUGCCACCAUAGUAUUACAAUACAGCGAUCAAUGAUACACUGCAAGAAAAUGAUUUAAAGCAUGACGGUGGGGAAAAAAAAAAGAUUCUAAAACCAACCAUUAUUAUUUAUAUAUUAUUAUAUUUUAAUUAUGGAUGUCAGAUAUUGGAUUUUUGACUGUGUAACAUGACAUAUCUCCUGUGGUGGAAUGAACACAUAUGUGUUGUAUACAGGAUUUUCUUUUAAAUGUAAAAAUAUAAUUAUAGGUAAAUUUUAUUUUAUUACUUUGUAUAUAUUUUAAAUAUUUAAAAAAAUAUUUGAUUUUUAAAAAAGACAAUGACAAAAAGAAGGUAUUGAUAUAGAAAUGAAUAAGCGUGCUAAAAUGUUUUUUUCUGCACAUCAUUGAUUUCCCUGUUUCCUUGGAGGAGCGCCACCUCCAGGAGCCACUUAGUAUCGACACCUCACAUGGGAAUAUAAGGCUAUCCUUGCCUGUACGUGCACACACACACACACAGACCCCCCCCCCCCCCCCCCCCCCCCCAGGAGACAGCAACGUCUUCAGGUUAAGUUUUUUGCCAAAAUUCAAAGUGUAAAAAAAAAAAAAAAAAAUGUGCAAGUAAAAAAAUUCCAAUGAGGAGGUGGCGAGGGAGGGGUGAUGAUUAGGAGGAGCCUACAAGAAGGGAAGGGAGCCCCUGGCUGCACUGUGUUGGGAACGCCAGCGUGUAUGUGAUUGUGUGUAGUGUGUAGUCUGGUGCUAUGUGACCAUGUUUGACAAGUGUGUUAACAACAAAAAAAAGCAACAUUUAGAGAAAAGAACAAGUGAAGUCCGUAUAUAUCAUGAAUAUAAAUAUAGGAAAACAGCACUGUUGAUAAGUUUGAGCUGUCAAGUCAAAAAUGGUGUUGAUUUGAUUUUUUUUUUUUUUUUUUCGUGAGUGAAUGAGUGAGUGAACGAGUGAGCGAGGAUGAAUUUAGCUCCUUCUUGUUUUGGGCUCUGCUAGGUCCAAAUGUCGCUCCAUUCUUUUGUACAGAUGAAGCUACAGUAAAAAAAAAAAAAAAAGAAGAGGGCAAAAUUUGUAAAAUAUUGUGUCUGUGACUCCUUGUAAAAUAUUUUCAAAUGGUUUAUUACAGAGAAUCAGUUAAUAAAUAAUGUUCAUAUUUUUCACUUCACUCAAAGUGUCUGCUGUUUUCUCACACACACACACACACACACACACACACGUACCUCACAGUUUGGCGAGGAAGUCGAUGAGAAGUCUGUGCCAAGCGUCGGGGUCAUCCAGGUAGCAGGGAUGCCCCGCCCCUUUCAUCACAGCCACACUGUGAUUGGCCAGAUGGCGGAGGUUGUUAAACGACGCCUCCCCCAGCUGAGCAUCCUGGUCGCCGUAAACGAUCAGUGACGCCACCUUUGAGGAUAAAAGUCAUGAUGCUAUGCUAUUUUAUGUGAUACUAUGUUAUGUUAUGAGCAGUGACGCUCCUGACCUUCACACUUUGGUACUGUUCAGGGGUGAACUUGUCGGUGCAGAUGGGUGCGACAGGGAUGUAGGCCCGUAGAAGGUUCUGGUGUUGGAUGAGAAACGGGAGGGAGUACAUCCCGCUGAGCGAGGGGCUGAUGACCACCACGGGGCUGAGCUGAAGUUGCUCACACACGUCCACAAGAAAAGAUGCUGGCGCCAGCUCCCCUACUUUCGCCGGGGCCUUUGCUAACUCGGAGCGUCCGAGUCCUUUUUUUUCGAUGUCACACAAACAGAAGGCUUGCUAUAGCUACAGACAGGAUGUUUUAUUUUGAAAGAUGCUCACCCGGCAGGUCUAUGGCGACUGCGCGGCAGCCCGCUUUGGCUAAAGUGUGCAGAGUGCCGUUGUCCAGCCAGUUCUGCGAGGAGAAGCGGAUGCCGUGAAGUAGCAAGACGGACAUCUUUGUUUCUCCUGAGGAAGGUCGACUUUGUCUGUAGAAGAGCGGAGAUGCGCAUCCUUCCACUUGCACACUUCCAUCGCUCACCUCCACCUCACACAUGCUAAAGACACAACAAGUUUGUUAUUGUUGUAUUUUAUUUUUUUAUAUUUAUCUGUGGUGUACAGUAUAGCAUUAUCUUUUCAAGUUGGUGUGCCACUCGCAGCCACUAGAGGGCAGUGCAACUCCUAUACCUGGACUUGCAUUUACAUGGCGUUAUAUUAACCACUUUUAAAAGUCCUCUCGUCUUUUCUUUGUGCAGUAUUUGAGCUUAACAACUGAACUGACUGCCGUUCGGUGCAUUUGGUGUACUAGUCAUACAUUCUAAACUGUUUUUUAUUUUUAUUUUUACAGACCAACGUUAGCUAGGUUUUCGUACUUGACAGUUGGCUCACGUGACCAGUCGGAGAAAACAUAUGGUCGAAACUGGUACAAAAACUGUAAAAACUGUCUGUAAAAACAACUCUUUAGAUUUGCAUCCACACAUAACAUCGCAUGUGCAACUUACAUUUCUAGAUUAGCCCUAAAAAGAUUAGCUAAAAAGAAAAAAUACAGUGGUCACUGGCACUAAAGGCUACGAUUAUGACUUGCUAGCUAAAUAUUGGUUCAUGUACAGCGAAAGAUAAACAUGUUACAUUCAUUCAUUAAUCUUAAAGUGUCAAUCAAAAAGAUGAUUCUUAUCUUUGUAAUGGCUGGAUAUUGAAUAGGAGCUCUCGCUUUGGAGCUUGUGCAGGUG